GGGCGGGAAGGCGUGGGCUCUGCGCUGCCCGGGGGGCUCUGAACCCGGGCGCCGGGCUUAGUCUCCUGUGCCGCCUCUACGGUGACAAUCAGGGGCCGCCGGGUCGGCGCAGGGCGCGGGUUGGACGCCGCGGGGCCCCGGCCGGGGCGCGGACGCUACGCUCGGAAGGGAAGGGGCGGACAAAAAAAGACCAAAUGGCCAAGCAACCUUCCGAUGUAAGUAGUGAGUGUGACACAGAAGGUGGACAAUUGCAGCCUGCUGAGAGGCCACCCCAGCUCAGGCCUGGGGCCCUGACCUCCCUACAGACGGAGCCCCAAGACAGGAGCCCGGCACCUAUGAGUUGUGACAAAUCAACACAAACCCCAAGUCCUCCUUGCCAGGCCUUCAACCAUUAUCUCAGUGCAAUGGCUUCCAUGAGGCAGUCUCAGGCUGAACCUCCGGAUUUGCGCCCAGAGAUAUGGAUCGCACAGGAGUUGCGCCGCAUCGGAGAUGAGUUUAAUGCCUCUUACCCAAGGAGGGUAUUCUUGAAUCAUUACCAAGCAGCUGAAGACCAGCCCCAAAUGGUUAUCUUGCGACUGUUACGUUACAUUGUCCGCCUGGUGUGGAGGAUGCACUGACAGGGUCCUCGCAGAGCCAAGAUACCUGCAGACAUUUCGCCUGUGUCACCCGACAGGCCCAGCCAGAGGGCUCUUGCUGCUGCUCCUCCGCGCGGCCAGAGGCUCUUUCCCUAGAGGUGUGCAGAAAGCAGGCACCGCGGCGACCCUGCUGCGCCGGACAUGUUAACUUGACUUUGUGUUCAUCACCACACGGCAGAAUUUCCCAUGGAAGUUUGUUGUGAAUGUAAAUGAGGGAGGAUUUUUCUUACUUUUUUCCCUUAAUGUACGAAAUCAUGGUUCUUUGGAUCAGGAUUGUAUGCUAGAAUGGUGUUUACAUGCCGUGUGUGGAUGUGGGGUUUUUUUUUUCCACCUUCUUUAAUAACAAGUUUUUCAGAAAGGAAGUGGAAACUUUUUAACCAACUUGUGAAUGAUUUUUGUACUCAAAUUUUAAGAACCUCAGAGGAUUGUGUAAUCCUAGCAGUGGAAACUGAGCCAGCUAAUUUAUAACGCUGACUUAGUGUAUUUUUAGAUUACAGAGUUUUUAACCUGGGAGAGAGGUAGGAUACGUCACUCCCUUCCUCCAAAGUUCUUUGAACUUUUUUUUUCUAAUUAUUAAUACCAAAAGAGUUCUUAUGAAAUGGAGCUGAUUAAAGGGGCUGAGGGUGUACCACUCCCAUCUUGUAAAUAUUUAUUUACCUCCUUGCAUUCAGUUUUAUCGGUGGCAAAAUUUCCAGUGGUUUUGCACGUCUUUCCUGAUCCCUGUUUGUGAUGCCCACCCAGCCCGUCUGGGUGCUGCUCAAAGGUCUGCUCCAGGGUGCUUGCGUGAAGAGUCCCCGCGUCAGAACCAGAGUGAGCACGCAUCUGCAUCCUUCCCAGCUCAUCCCUCUGUCACCAGCAGACUGACGGGGACGAGUUCAGUGUUGGCUGCACCUGGCAUUUAGAUGUUGGGAGGGGUGAGAACAGUGACAGCAGGAGACCAAGCCUGGCCCCCUUUGCACACCCGGAAGUCACAGGGCUCACUGCACAUCCAGUCUUGGGGACCCUAUUCCCACCCCACGGGGCAGGUGUCUGCUGGCCAUUUCCCGGGCACCCCGGCUUUCAUCCAGCCCAAGGCACUGGCUGUAAUGCCUCUACUUGGUCCCACCUCUCUGAGCCCACUUGGAAACAGACCUAAUUCUGCUUUCACCAGUAGAAUCCCGGGCGGAGUCUGAGAUGUCUCUUCAGCCUCAAAGAGGCAUCUCGUUUUGCUUGUCUCAUCCUUUUAGGACAGUUGGAUCUCAUCAGGCUACCAGUGCCUCUGCCUACCUUCCGCUGACAUUAUGCAGGGCCAGCCCACACCCUGUCAGUCAUUUCAAAAGCCAGUGAGUGAAAGAAAAGGACAAUCAAGCAGACACUGGGUGACCCAAGAGGGACACAGAUGAGGGAGCAGAGCAAGGGGGAGGGAGGCGUCUGAACCCUGUAACUCUGUGAUUUUGGAAAACGAAUCGUUAAACAACUUUUUAAAAGGAAUAUAGGAGUUUUCCAACAUGCCAGCGGUGCCCAGCUGUGGUAUUUAUUUUUUGCCUGACCGGGGACCAGUGUAUUCCCAUUAAAUUAAAGCGGGAAAAUCCAUUCAUUUGUAUGUUUGUAAGUUUAUAUACGUGUGUAUAUAGAUAUAUGUGUAUAUAUGUAUAUUGUCUAUACACUUUUUCCUUUAGGUAGAGGUGAUUUGAUUCCAAAUAUUUUUCCUUUUUAAACAUUUUUUUCCCUAAAAUACGCUUUGAGUUUUAAAUAUUUUGAAAGCUGUGUUGGAGCUCAGCUUGUUUCUUGACGUGUCUGGAGCCGGCCUGCAGGGUCCCACACAGCCCACAGUUGUAUGGUGGUGUCCGGGUUGCAGUCACGGCCCUGUAGACAGACAGGCAGACACGCACACACACACACACACACACAGACACAAACACACACACACCAAAGACAUUUCUGGGCCACCCCUUCCCAGAUCUCUGCUCGGUGCCGGUCCCUCGGACUGGAGCACUUUACAUUUCUUCAGUCCUGGGGCUCCCAGAGAGCGAGGUGCAGCCAGGGCCGGACAGGAGACCAUCCUGCCUCAUCUGCCCAUGAGCACACCUACCUCUGCCCGUGGCCUCAGAGCCCCGAGGCUGGCGGGGGAAGUGGCUCUUGAGGAUGUAGGCGACUCUAUGAAUUGCAGAAGUAUUAAAGGACAAGAUGCUGGCGCCAGAACUUAAGAGAUGACUGGUUGUCUCUGUACUGUAUCUGUUUAUCCGAAUGCGUCCCUACAGAAGUGUGCCCCCUUGCUGCGGGUAUACCUUUUACUUUUAUUUUUAUUAUUAUUUUUUAAAUUUUUUGUAGAUCCUUUAAAAAAAAAAAAAAAAAAAAGUGAUGCGGGUUUUGUGCCUUGUUAACCUCUCCAUGUGAGGUUUGUAAAAAGUGUCCUGUGACUUCACACCGAAAUGCAAUAAACACAAAAUGGCUUUGUGGCUAAUUCUUUGGCUUUCCUUCUAAGAAACAAGUUAAUGAAGAAUUGGGGAGGGGGUUGCAAAGCCAAUUUAAAGUUCCUUUUGAUUUAAAAGAGAGUAUGUGGUAGAAUACAAUUUUCUUCUGUUUCCCCUUAAUAGUGUACAUAUUUUUGACUAUUUAUUAGAUUAGGUUAUAUUUUACUUACCAACUGAGCCAAAUUUUUGUGUGCAAUUGUGUUUCCUUUACCUUUCUUGUAAAGUUUUGUAUAGCGUAAAUGAGUAAAAAAAUCACUGUUUUUCUAAGCCUUUUUCAGAAUCAAGGAUUGUAAAUAUUGUAGAUUCUUUUUCUGUGUAAUGUGUCCUACUGUUUCAUAAUGCUGUAACUUGUAGAAAUAUUGUAUAUUUAUUUUCUGCUUAUUUAAUGUCUUAAAUUCUUGAAAGUGUUGACAUUGACACCCCCAUCCCACCCCCACCACCCUGAGAGUUGCCUCAGCUCCUGAGGCGGGAGGUGGCAGCUUAGUGUGUGCGGACCAUGUCCCCUUACCGCUGUGGCUUCCAGCUUUGCUCCUGGUAUUCAGCUCUUGGGCUUUGGUAAACAAAUCUGACAGGUUAUAGAAUUUUACUCCCAAGAGCCAGGCGUGGUGGUGCAUGCCUUUGAUCCCAGCAUUUGGGAGGCUGAGGCAGGAGGAUCACCAUGAGUUUGAGGCCAGCCUGGACUACAUCGUUUCUGUCUCAAAACAAUUUUUUUCUUUUACUCCUGGAAAUAACCAUCAAGCUUCUGUUUGUUUCAAAGUGUCCAGCUUCUCAUCGAAGCAUAUUUGCUAACUCCAGGCCAUAUCUUUAAGGAAAAAAAAAAAAGUAUUAGCAGAUGGAAAAGAUUUUUCAUUGAAAAUUUACCCGACAACUCAGUGUUGAAAGAAAAACGUGCCGCCUCUGGGGGUGCUGCCAUGUGGCUGUCCAGGGGAAGGCACAGGUGUCACAAGGGACCGUUGCUCUGAGAGUGACCCUGGGGUCACCUCGGGUCCCUUGCUGCCAACUGAUGAGUGAAUUCUCCCCACCUGCUCCAUGGCUCCUGUGCUUUGAGGUGUGGGUGGACCAAACUUUAUCUUCAGAAGCAAGCGAAAAGCCGCCAUCCCCCAUCACCGCGUUUGGUCAGGCUGCUGCUUCAGGUCCGUGCCCACUUCCUGAUUCCCCAUCCCUUGCGAUGAGAGAGAGGUCGGGGCCCUGCUGGGUGUCCAGAUGUGAAAGUUCAGGGAGGCGCUGGGGACUUCCGGUGGGCCUGGAGACACACUUCUGCCACCGACCCCUGCUGGUUGAGCCUGGUGCCUGUGUGUGUCCACUCCGCACACAUGCCUGUGCGAAUGAGGUUGUGACCACACGUGACGCUAAAUCAGCUGGGGUCGCCCCAAGCAGCUUUGUAUGAAAGAAACAUCCUCAAGUCCCCACCUAGGUAACUUGACUACUUUCCUUUGGGGAUCCCAGUCUUUAGGAGCUGUUAGGUUUUACGUCCAGGUUCUGUGACCACUAGUUACUGUAUCCGGACUCAUCAGGUACCUACCCAUUUAUAAAUAGCACUGAUCCACCUGUAUACUGAUCCAUCAGCAGGUUUCCUAGGACCCAGCAUAUGUAGCGUUUGUAUCGCAAUUUCCCUGGCUGGCUUGUGUUUUGCACUGACAAAUUUUGACAGGGUAAUUGCCACUUUACUUGUGCAAUACUGCUGUAAAUAACUGCAGAUUUUUUUAAGAAACUCAAUCUUUUAUGUUCUUAAUGAAUUUUAUAUAAAUAAAACUUUCAACUAGU